AUUAAAAUGAUUAUUUUAAUUUUUUUAUUGGAAAUUUGAUAGCCUAACGAUGAUUUUUUUAAGAGUUAAUGACCCUCAGCUCGCUCUAAAUAUUUAUUUCGUUGGCAAUCUUUCAAAUUUCGCGCUAAAAUGUCGAGCGAUGCCACCUGUCGGCAAACGAUUACACUUUUUGUCGAAUCGCGUCGAUGGAGUUCCGCGCGUAUUUCGUCCGCGUAACGAAACUAACGAAACUCAAACGCAUUCGGUGUAAAUAACCAAAAAUCAACUUGAAAAUAAAAUUGACAAUUAAUCCCCUGACAUUUUAAAAACUCUUAUAAAUUUACGUGAAUCAAUUAUGGCGGAUAAUAAAAGGCCAAAAGCAGACAGUGACAGUGACAGUGAAUGGGUCGGUCCAUUACCUUCGGAGGCUGCACCAGUGAAAAAACAAAAAGUUUUGGAGUACGAAAAAGUUUACGUGGACAAUUUGCCAUGUUGCGAGUGUUACGAGAAGUCGUACAUGCACCGAGAUGUCAUAACGCACAUUGUCGUGACAAAAACAAAUUUUGUCAUAACUGCCAGCUGCGACGGACACGUAAAAUUUUGGAAAAAACAGGAAGAGCUCAUAGAAUUUGUCAAACACUUUCGAGCCCAUCUCAUGGGAAUUCAAUCGAUGGCAGCGAGCUGCAACGGAGUUUAUGCUGCAACUGUGAGCCUUGACAAAACUAUGAAAGUUUUUGACGUCAUCAAUUUUGAUAUGAUAAAUAUGAUGAAACUGGAUUAUGUUCCUCAAAUUAUCGAGUGGGUGUACUCUCCUGGUGACCCGAUUGCCGCCGUUGCCAUUUCCGAUCAGGACAGUGAGAAAAUUUAUGUCUACGACGGUCAAGGAACGGAGAGGCCCUUACACGUUUUUGAUAAACUUCACAGGAAACCGGUGGUCGUGAUGAAGUACAAUCCUAAAUACGACACUUGCAUCUCAGUGGAUAAAGCUGGAAUACUGGAAUACUGGACAGGACCAAGGGGCGAGUACAAAUUUCCAAAAUGCGUCAAUUUCGAGUCGAAAUUGGACACGAAAUUGUUCGAAUUCGCUUUGAACAAAACUUAUCCUUGCGGCCUCGCGAUCUCACCGGAUGGCAAAAGAUUCGCUUCCCUCAGCAGCGAUCGGAAAGUCCGAGUUUUCAAUUUUUUGACUGGACGUUUGUAUCGGGUUUUCGAUGAGAGCUUACAGAGAUUCGCUGAACUACAGCAAGCGACGCAACAAUUGCCAAACAUGGAAUUCGGACGAAGAAUGGCGGUCGAGAGAGAACUCGACAAAGCCGAGAUCAACUUGGGCAACAUUAUCUUCGACGAGUCCGGCUAUUUCAUUUUGUACAGUACAAUGCUCGGCAUAAAAGUAGUUAACUUGUACACGAAUCGUUGUAUUCGGAUAAUGGGGAAGCCGGAAAAUUUCCGGCCGAUGAACCUCGCUCUGUUUCAGGGAAAAGCAAAAAAGACAACAGCAGCGGUGACCGUCGAGAUGGAGGCCUCGGAGAACCCGACGAUGGAGUUGAUCCGUCCGGACCCGACGUUGUUCUGCACGGCGCACAAGAAAAAUCGUUUUUACAUGUUCACGAGGCGAGAGCCCGAGGACACGAAGAGUACGGAGUGCGAUCGUGACGUGUUCAACGAGAAGCCAUCGAAGGAGGACAUAAUUUCGUCGACGGAGGCGACGAACAUGCAGAAGAUAUUUGACACAGCGAUUCUGCACACGGCUCUGGGCGACAUUCACAUUUCCCUCUUCGGCAAAGACGUGCCCAAGACCGUGGAGAAUUUUUGUGUCCACGCGAAAAACGGCUUCUACAAUAGUCACAUUUUCCAUCGAGUCAUCAAGGGCUUCAUGAUACAAACCGGGGAUCCAACGGGCACCGGAACCGGCGGCGAGAGCAUUUGGGGAGGCGAAUUCGAGGACGAAUUUCGACCUCAUUUGAAGCACGAUCGUCCUUACACGAUGAGCAUGGCGAACGCGGGGCCAAACACGAACGGCAGCCAAUUUUUCAUCACGCUCACCCCGACGCCAUGGUUGGACAACAAACACACGGUAUUUGGGCGAGUCGUAAAAGGAAUGGAAGUUGUACAAAAUAUAAGUCAAGUAAAAACGAAUCCGAAGACCGAUAAGCCUUACGACGACGUGCGAAUCGUCAGUGUCACUGUAAAGUAAGGGGUGCAGUAUGGAAUUCGCCCGGACGAAGAUCCUUCGGAGCCAACUCGACGCCAAACGUGUCUAAAUGACGUUGAUUAUAAUUUUUGGGUCCGCGAUUCUCGAUCCACAAAAUCUUCGGAUCCAUCAAAAUCCAGCAAAUUCACGUCGAUCAUGAAACGCGCGUCCAUAUGUUUCGAUACUCAGUUUUUUCUCGUAGAAACUUUUCAAAAAACGCAGUUGUUUUUUUGAAAAAUCGAUGAAUCGACUUGUUGAAAAAAUUGAAUUUCCAUUUCUCUUUCCUCGAUAUUUUCUCUUCAUGUGUUGCAUUUUUUUGUGUGUCCAACUUCAGAGCGCAACCGACGAAAUCCCAUCGAGUUUUUGUUUUUCUUCAAUUUUUUCGUAACCUUCAGACAUCCGAGUCCAAAUUGUCAAGUCGAUUUUUAAUUUUCCCAUUUUUCAUUAAAAAAGUAUUGAAAAAUCAUUGACAAUGUGCAACAGCAACUGGGCUAACAGAGGCAACAAGAAACAGGAGGAAAAGGGCUGUUGGAACGAGAUGGAAGAGCUGAAAUAUCUGAUCGGGGCGAUCGAUUGCUUGUAAUCAUUUUCAACUCUCUCAUUUCCGGAGCUCGAGCUUUUCGGAGCCAAAAAAAUAGCAAAAACCUGUAAAUUCGUAAAAACGACGUUUCUCCAAGAAAAAACUGUAAAUCUCACGAAAUUUUUCAACUUUUGAAACAAGUUCAAGCCUCGGACGUUGAAAUUGCGAGAAAGACUGAAAAAUUCUCAUUUUUCUCUUCUACUUUCGGGCAUUUUUUCCUUUUAUCACCAGAAAGUGUCCACACGUUCCACCUCCACCCUCCUGCUCGGUGAUGCUCCCACCAAGAAUCCAAGAAGUCCCGUGCAUCAUGCAACCUCGAAGGCCCCCCUGUCCAGUCCCGCCACCCUGUUGUCCUCCGAUCGCGCCCGGACCUUGCUGUCCUUGUCCAUUGCCCAAGGCGAAGCCACCUGAGCAGCAACGAAAGCGGCGACCACCUACGCCUCCCAAAUGUUGUCCACCGUGUAAUCCCCUGCCGUGUUACGCCAGUAAGUCAUCGAGGUCGUUUCGAACCGUAAUUUCCGAGGGAAACGUCCCUUUGGACUCAUUUUUCAAAGUUUUUUCGACUUUGGAUAAAAAAUUUUGGCUCUUUCUAUUUUGUCUGUCACGAAAUUUGAUAAAUUGUAAAAAAUUGACGAUGCUGAAGAAAAAUGUUGUUGGGCUCAAAAUGAUGGAACUGGUCGAACGAAUAAUUGAUUUUUCGAUUUUUUUCUCAAUCGUUUGACACUCUUCGCAUUGUUUUUUCAUGAUGAAUGAAACAAAAAUUGUACUCGAUGAUUGAACGAGUGAGGAAUGAGUGACUGGCGUCCAAUUGGCUAAAAUUUGCGAUCCUUUGCAUUGAGUUAAUAUUGCGAACUUAAUGGAUUGGUUCAUGGAACAUUUUAUCGUUUGUUGUCCCUGCAGUGAAACGCGUGUUGAGAGUUUUUUUAAUUGCGUUUUUAAUGAGGUCGGCGAUGGGAGGAAAAAUGAAGUGGUUUCGUUGUGGAUUAAAUCGAGUGGAAAAGACAAAAUGAAAUUCAUUGUGUUGAUCUUUCCGGGAUUAAUUAAAUGGAAUAUUUUUAGUUAUUUUUUUAUUUGUGAAUUGGAGAUAAAAAAAUGUUGGAAAUACAAGAAAAUUGGUUCAUUGUGAAA